ACUGGUAGACACGGUUGACCCUCGCGCAUCAAAAUAGGAAAGCAGGCAACCGUAACACCGAAACUGGCCUAUCUAUCAAUUGGCAAUAACAUAAUGUGCCUGUGCUUUUUUUUUCCUAGUAUACAUCGUUUUUAGCGCAUAUUUUUUUUACUCAUUGCCUCUUAAUCGCGAUAUUAUUCUUUUCGUUCUAAUACUUGCUGCAGCUUGCUUCUCUGAACAUCUUGGUCAACCUUCACGACUAGACCGUUUUGUAGCGAACGGAACAAAAUGUCUAGCGAGCAGAAAACACCUACCCUUUGUCGAAACAAUUGUGGGUUUUAUGGCGCGUCUCAGUGGGACAAUUACUGCAGCAAGUGUUAUGCUCAGCUCUUUGGCACCUCGUUGUCUAAGAACCCGUUAGAACACUCUUCGGAAAAAUCCUCUGUGCGCUCUCGUCAUGGUGCGAAUGGUGGCAAGGUCUCGUCUCCCAUCUCGACCAAGAACUUCAACAACAACUCACUUAAGUUGUCGAACAGCUGUAGCCCAGAGAGUGAUGACAAGGAUCACUUGGACAUGGUCGUCAUGGACGAGAGUCCAUCUCGAGAUGCGGACGCAAAGUCGCAAGCUCCGAAGUUCCUGGAUUCUGAGUCAAACGGCGACCGUGACGCGAAAAAAAAGAGAAACACUUGUGCAGCUCAAGGGUGCAAGAAAAGACUUACUCUCACCUCUGUAGAGUGCCGCUGUGGACUUGUAUUCUGUUCCACUCACCGAUAUGCAGAACAACAUAACUGUCCAUUCGACUACAAGUCAAGCAAACAGAACUUACUCUACAAAGCCAACCCGCUUGUUGCACCAAGUAAAAUCAACGAGAUUUAGGCUUUCAGCCUUUUGUAAACCAGGUGACGAUCGAGCGCAAAUACGUCUACGAGCGCCGAGGUGCACCCCACACAGAAUCACAAACCUGCCAUACAAUUGAGAUGUAUGACAUCCAAAGCUUAUAUCGAAAAAAAAAACACAAAAAAAAACGAACCUGCUUUUCUCUCUCCUCUAGCACAUAACACAUUCGGAAAGGCCGUGGCACUAGCAUCUCUUCUCUAAGCAACGCUGCAGCCCAUUCUUGAAGUACAUUGGACCUUCCAUUUUUUGAUCGAGAGAAAGCUAGUGACGUGGUCCUGAUACGAGGAAUGUAAUUCAAAGAUAUCUUGCUUUUAUUUGCUGCUACACGCGUGCACUGUAAAUAAAAUCUAUCAUCUUUUAGA